UGUUUCUUGGUUAGUACGGGUUUUGCACUCCUGACCACCUGCCCGUUAUUUCUUCUUUCCUCCUCCUCGGAGGCGACGGCGUCGCCGUCGGUGGUGUCGACGGCGGCGACCACCGACGGCGACGGCGAUGGGAGAUCGCGGGGCGCAAGGGUCAAGAGCAGGGCAAUUGGGAUGAUUCGACGCUUCUUGAUGCGGAGAGAAUGGUGGGGGACACGGUGAGAUCGUAGGAUGACGUCCUGUUGGUUAUCGAACAAGUCCACCGGUGGGGGAUGGGCAAAAGGAUAGUUGGGGCUACCUACCAUGGAGGACGUGUCGUUUGGCUGGUCGUAACGAAUGGAUGAGGAGUACGAUGUAAUUGUUCUUGGGACGGGCCUCAAAGAAUGCAUCCUCAGCGGUCUUCUAUCCGUCGACGGACUCAAGGUCCUUCAUAUGGACAGGAAUGACUAUUAUGGCGGGGAGUCAACUUCCCUAAACCUUGUUCAGCUGUGGAAGCGACUGAAGGGCAAUGAUAACCAUCCAGAACAACUGGGUUCAAGCAAGGAGUACAACGUUGACAUGAUCCCCAAGUUCAUGAUGGCCAAUGGUGCUCUGGUCCGUGUUCUUAUUCACACUGGCGUCACAAAAUAUUUAAACUUCAAGGCUGUUGAUGGUAGCUUUGUAUACAACAAAGGGAAGAUCUACAAAGUGCCAGCUACUGAUGUCGAAGCAUUGAAAUCCACAUUGAUGGGUCUUUUUGAAAAACGUCGUGCCCGAAAGCUUUUCAUUUAUGUACAAGAUUAUGAGGAUAAUGAUCCAAAAUCUCAUGAAGGCCUGGAUCUCAACAAAGUUAAAACCAAAGAGCUUAUGGCCAAAUAUGGGUUAGAGGACAACACAGUUGAUUUUAUUGGGCAUGCAUUGGCACUUCAUAGAGAUGAUAGCUACCUUGAUGAGCCUGCAAUUGAUACUGUGAAGAGAAUGAAGCUUUAUGCAGAAUCUUUGGCACGCUUUCAAGGAGGAUCUCCUUAUAUCUAUCCACUAUAUGGGUUGGGAGAGCUUCCCCAGGGUUUUGCUCGUCUUAGUGCAGUUUAUGGUGGAACCUACAUGCUCAACAAGCCAGAAUGCAAGGUAGAGUUUGAUGCAAACGGAAAAGCUCAUGGUGUGACGUCUGAGGGGGAAACAGCUAGAUGCAAGAAAGUAGUUUGUGACCCUUCAUACUUGCCUGAUAAGGUUAAAAAGGUUGGAAGAGUAGCACGCGCUAUAUGCAUAAUGAGUCAUCCCAUUCCAAAUACCAAUGAUUCACACUCAGUGCAGAUCAUCCUGCCACAGAAACAAAUAGAGCGUAAAUCAGACAUGUACGUGUUUUGUUGCUCUUACACUCACAAUGUAGCCCCCAAAGGGAAAUAUAUUGCUUUUGUCUCAACUGAAGCUGAAACUGACCAACCUGAGGUAGAACUGAAGCCUGGGAUUGAUUUACUUGGAUCUGUGGACGAGAUCUUUUUUGAUAUUUAUGACAGAUAUGAACCUAUCAACAAGCAUGAUGAGGACAAUUGCUUCAUAUCUACAAGUUAUGAUGCAACGACGCACUUUGAGUCAACAGUACAGGAUGUGAUCUCCAUGUACAGUAGGAUAACUGGGAAGGAGCUUGAUUUGACCGUGGAUCUGAGUGCUGCCAGUGCUGCUCCUGAAGAUGCUUAGAUUUUCUUCUCAACCUAGAUCGAGUAAAAGGAUGACUAUAGAACGAUCAAACAUUUGUUUGUUUUUAUUUUCCAUUCACAUCCUGUGGGAGAUUCCAUUGUCCUUGUAGGUGCACAUUGGAAGCUCAUUUUUUAUUUUCAUGAGUACCAUGAGUCAAUGCGAGUAGUGAAAUUAACACAUUUGAGAUGGUGGUUCUUGCCUUAAUUUGUGGGGAUCAUACAGGCUGUUGUUGUCUGACCAUGUGGUGGGCGAUUUCUAUGCUGUUUGCCAGAGAA